CUUUCUGACUCAAUCCCUACAGAUUUCCAAGGCACUCCCCUCUUCUUCCCCUCCUACAAAGUGAGCCUUUCCCCACAGCUGCUGGUCUCCUUUCUCCCUGCUGACCAGACUCUGCUGUUGUUGCAGGAUAUACACGCAGCCAGGGCCAGCCAUGUAGGCUCCAUCCCCCAGAGGUCUCAGCACGGCCGGCCUGGUGAUGACAACCCUGUAGUCCACUUCUUCAAGAACAUUGUCUCACCCCGUACUCCUCCUCCAAUGCAAGCGAAGGGAAGAGGACUGUCCCUCACCAGAUUUAGCUGGGGUGGUGAAGGACACAAGCCAGGAUACGGAAGUGGAAAAUUCUAUGAGCACAAAUCUGCUCACAAGGGACAUAAGGGAUCCUAUCACGAGGGCCAGGGCACUCUUUCCAAAAUCUUUAAACUGGGAGGCUCUGGCUCCCGGCCUGGAUCACGAUCUGGCUCACCAGUUGCGAGACGCUGAAGUUCUACGAUGCCAUUCAAGGAUCACGCACUCUGCUUCAUAAUCUAACUGCCUUAAAAUUAAUAACAACUGCAAGAAUUACCUAGUUAGACGCAGUCCAUUACUUAGUGCCAAUUAGGUUCUGCAUGCAGUAGAUGAUACAAACAACUUCUAUUGGCAAUCCCUGACCAACAGUUGAAUGAAAGGAACACACAAAGUAGCUUUACUAGCUGUUCUCCCUGUUUUACGUAGAGUAACAAGACGUCUGACUUUACUCAUUCUCCUUCAGGGUGCCCUAACUGUAUGCUGGACUUCAUUAUUUCUCCCAGGCUCCUAAUCCGAGCUCCAGCCUCCUGGUUUCAUUUUAGUGAAGGUCAGAAUCGCAAAUAAAGAGUUAAUGUCUCUUAAUGACUGAGCACUGCCAUUAAUGAGCUUUCAAAACGCUGCUGUAAAAACAAACACAAAAUCCACCAUGUGCAGAAGUUGUAAGGACUGUUUAUCCAAAUUCCUUUUUUUUCUUUCUUUUUCCUUUUUUGAUUUGGGACUUUGGUUUGGUUCCUGUUUUAAUCUUCCUUCUCUCACUCACAGAAUAAUUUAUUUUCAUAACAGGAUUAGGCAGUCACAGAAAGGUUCACCAAACAUUGCGAGUUCAAGGUAUGUGAAAUGUGGGAGGGGGCAGAUGUAGUAGAAUCAAUACGAUGCAGAGCAAUGGCAAUAAGGAAACGCUUUCCGCACCACAAAUUGCUCGCCGCAUCCACACCAUUAGAAUUAAGAGUAGAUGAGGGAGAGAAAGAGGAUUUCAAAUUUGAGUUAGACUAAUGCUA